UAACAUAUUAUUAAGACAAAUUUUGAAUAUUCAUAUGAAUUUCAGGAGACUCUAUCUCAGUCUAUAUCUCCAGAUGAAGGCAAUGAUUGCAGGAGCAUACUUAGCCGCGCAUUAGAUAUUCCUGAUUAUUCUGGUCGGGUGAGGGGUAAGGGAUUUGGAAUCACUCCAACAUCCUUGAAGAUGAAAAAACAGAAGGCUCCUAGCAAUAGAGAACUACAGGAAACCUUGGAAGCACUACAAGCUGAAGUCCGCGAAUUGAAAAGGGAAAAAGAAUUAAGAGAGCAAGCUUCAGGUUGUAAAGCUACUAGUGACAAAGGUAGUAUCGGUUGUAAUUUUCAACCGAAUCUUCCAGAGGGCAUUUCACCUUGCCAACUCUACUUAUCGUCACCGACUUAUCGGAUGGUUGGCAAGGGAAAAGUGCAUAACACUUUGGGAGAAUUACUUCACACUAGACCGCUCCCUACUGGCUGUUUGAAAGUAUCGGUUGACAUUGCUUUAGAGAAGGAUGCGUUAUUACCGCAUCCUGACAAUGUUUCGGAUGCCACAUUGGUGGAAGAUGCAAUAGGUUCGUUUGUUGCAUGGCCGUCAAGCCUCAUUAGUGUAGAUGAUGAGACUCCAACAAAAUCCAAAGCAAAAGACAAGGAGCCUCGGCGGAAAAUCGAGUCAGUUGCAUCAAUAAAAGAGAGAUUGAAGAUGUCAGUAAGGGUAAGAAGCCUGAAAAGGUUGUUGCUAAGAAGACCGCAACUAAGAGAAAACCUACUCCCAAUAAGUUUAGGUUGUGACUUUUCACAUUUUUAGAACUCUCUGAUAUUC